AUGACCGAAACUUCUUCUCAAUUGCCGCGGCUACCCCCAGAGGUCCUUGGACUCAUCUUCGCCCAUACGUCGAAGCCGACGGCGCAAACCGCUCGGCUGGGAAGCAAAUAUCUGUGCGCCACGGCAACGCCCAGAUCUUUCCGACAUGUUCAACUCAAGUCACCGUUCUGCGACCAUUUCAAGCGCGUUGCGGAAGAUGCAAGCCUUCGGGGUCAUGUUAAAGAGAUCACGUGCGAUGCUCGCGCGUUCCUUGACUACAGCCCCUUUCCCUUAGACUUCCUCGAAGCUCUGCCGUUCCUCAGAUACUUCUCCGAGCUCAAAGUUUUGAACUUGAAGUUUAAUGACUACGCAGACGAUGGAGACGAGAACGCCGAGCCGCAUUACUCCAGAGGCUACCGCUUCUAUGACCUCUACACAUUUCGGCGCUUUGUCAUCAUUGUCUCCUUCUACUGCAUACAAGGAGGUAGCAAAGAUGAUAAGGAUCUGGUGCAGUUGGCGAAGGAACUUGGAACAUCGGACGGUUUUUCCUGGAUGGGGAACCUGGAAUCCCCGGACAUGUCCUGGAGCACCGAGGAAAGGCGGAUUAAUGGCGCACUCCCCAUUAUCCAUCUCGAGGAGUUAACCAUUGCCAAUUUGGCCGAGGACAUUAAUAACCCGGAUACGGAGUCUGCUUUACAACACAAGCCCCUCCCGGACUGGCCCAUCUUUCAACGAGUGAUGGCUCUUCCCACGCUCAAAAGUGUGAAGUUUAUGGUAGCCCCCGAUGAUCCGGAUAACUCGUUGUGGGACACAAUGGAGAAUGAGCCGACCGAGUACAACUAUCAAUGGCAAGACCUUUUCCUCCGAGAGCUUACAACAUGGUUCAGGCCAGAACUUGCCCGCAACCUUACGACGUUGGCUCUGUAUUACGAUGAUAUAUGGGGUUAUCAGCCCAAGUUCGACUUCCGCCUCAUCAAUCCCGGCAGCGGCCCAGAGUGCGGGCUACCGCACUUGAAGGUCCUCGGUCUAGGCAGAUAUUGCUUCAGCCAUGAAUGGCAGCUGGACUGGUUUGCCUCUCUGGGAAGACUGAAUUCUGCCGGCGGGAUUGAAGAACUCUACCUCGAUGAAUGCGUGGUAAUAUCAAAGGCAUAUUGUACAAUUCCACAAUGGGAAGUCUGGGACUUGGACCGAGACCGCAGCUAUGCCAUCGUCACUGUCAAGGAUAUCGACGGGAACGAUGUCGAAGUUUCGAACCGUGGUUAUCUGCCAAACACGUGGGAUAUUGACCUUGUGGACGACACUUGGGCCGAGUUCUAUCACUCCAGCAUGUCGUGGCAUGAACUCCUCGAUCACUGGAGCACCAACAUGACGGCGUUGAAAAUAUUCAAAAUGGGGACGACAAACUCUCUUGCGUCACUGUCUGGAAUCAACCUGGAGGAUCACGUGCUGGAAGAUCUGGUCAUCGAAACUGCUACUAUUUGUACGAGCCGGGCUGGCAUCAUGGACACGGAUAUCCAUGCCAAAUUUGAUGAUGCCGCAUUCCGCAAGAAGAUUGGGAUGAUGGAAAUGGCCGUGCCAUUCUAUGUCAACUACUCGCCGAGACCGAACGGAAUGCCCAACUGGUUUGCUCGUCCCUGGUUCUUUAUACCGGUGGGCAGUGACGAGCACAUUGUCAUGGACGAGCCUCCAAAUGAGACUAGACGAAAGGAUAUUUUGUCCUUGGAGCAGUUCAAAAAGGGCGUGGAAGUGAGGGCAAAAGGGGGGGGCCCAGGUUCAGAUGGAACACCUGGAGCGCGCGAACACUUGAUGACAAUUUAG